CGGAGGCGGACGCGACGCGCUCCGAUGGCGUGAGAGACCGAAUCCGUGGCGUUUCGCGGCGCGGACCGAGUGCGGCUGAUGUGGCGCGGCUCGCGGUGCGUGUGGCCGUGACGGGAUGUCGCAGAAGGACUACUCGGAGGUGGAGCUCGGCAGCGAUGCGGAGCUCUCCUCCACCAGCCGCGAGCUCUUCCUUGAGAAGGUGCGCCUGGCCAACGCCGCCUGCCAGGCAGGCGAGUUCGAGGCGGCCGUGCGUCUCUACACCGAGGCGAUCUCCCUCGAUCCGGCCAACCACGUGCUCUUCUCGAACCGGUCGGCGGCCCGCGUCAAGCUGGGUCAGCUGCCGGCGGCGCACCAGGACGGCCUGAAGGCGGCCGAGCUCAGUCCGCACUGGUCCAAGGCGUACUACCGGCAAGGCGUAGCGCUGCAGUGCAUGAGCCGACAUGGUGAAGCGUUGGCCGCCUUCAGCCAGGGUCUGGCCCAGGACCCCAAGUCGAUGCAGCUGCUGGCCGGCCUGGUGGAGGCCGCCAUGAAGUCACCGCUCAGAGCCACGCUGGAGCCGACGUACCGGCAGCUGCAGGCGAUGCGGCUCGACAUGUCGCCGUUCGUCAUCAUCUCCGUCAUCGGCCAGGAGCUGCUGGCCGCCGGCAAGUACAGCGCUGCCGGGGUGGUGCUCGAGUCGGCGCUCAAGAUCGGCACGUGCAGUCUGAAGCUGCGCGGCAGCGUCUUCUCGGCUCUCUCCUCCGCCUACUGGGCCAUGAACUCGCUCGACAAGGCGAUCAGCUACAUGCAGCAGGACCUGAGCGUGGCCAAGUCUCUGGGCGACAUCGCUGGCGAGUGCCGCGCGCACGGCAACCUCGGCUCGGCCUACUUCAGCAAGGGCAACUUCAAGGAGGCGCUCACGUCGCACCGGUACCAGCUGGUGCUGGCCAUGAAGUGCAAGGACACGCAGGCGGCGGCGGCGGCACUCACCAGUCUCGGUCACGUGUACACGGCUAUCAGCGACUAUCCGAACGCGCUGGCGUCGCACAAGCAGUGCGUGCAGCUGGUGCGUCAGCUGGCCGACCAGCUGCAGGAGGCACGCGAGAUCGGCAACGUGGGCGCCGUCUACCUGGCCAUGGGCGACUUCGACAACGCCGUCGACUGCCACAUGGAGCACCUACGCAUCUCCAAGCAGCUCGGCAACCGGGUGGAGGAGGCGCGCGCCUUCAGCAACCUGGGAAGCUCGCACCACUACCGGCGCAGCUUCGAGCGCGCCAUCACGUUCCACCAGCAGGUGCUGCGCAUCGCCCAGCAGCUGGGGGACCGCACCAUCGAGGCGCGCGCCUAUGCCGGCCUCGGGCACGCGGCGCGCUGCCUCGGCGACUACGCGCAGGCCAAGAAGUGGCAUGAGAAGCAGCUGGACAUGGCCCUGAGCACCAAGGACCGCACGGCCGAGGGGCGCGCCUGCUCCAACCUGGGCAUCGUGUACCAGCUGUUGGGCGACCACGACGCGGCGCUGAAGCUGCACCAGGCGCACCUCAACAUCGCGCGCCUGCUGCAGGAUCGUGCCGGCAUGGGCCGCGCUUACGGCAACAUCGGCAACGCCUACAGCUCCAUGGGCUACUACGAGCAGGCCAUCAAGUACCACAAGCAGGAGUUGACCAUCAGCAAGGAGGUGAACGACCGCAGCAGCGAGGCGUCGACGCAUGGCAACCUGGCCGUGGCGUACCAGGCGCUCGGCAUGCACGAGAUGGCGCUGCUGCACUACCUGGGCCACCUCAACAUCGCGCGCGAGCUCAAGGACACGGCCGGGGAGGCGUGCGCGCUCUGCAACCUGGGCAAUUGCCACAGCUCGCGCGGGGAGUUCGCGCUGGCCGUGCCCUACUACGAGCAGUACCUGAUGCUGUCGCAGGAGCUGCAGGACGUGGAGGGCGAGGCCAAGGCGUGCCACUUCCUCGGCUACGCGCACUACUGCCUGGCCAACUACAGCGAGGCGGUGCGCUACUACGACCAGGACCUGGCGCUGGCCAAGGACCUGCAGGACAAGAUGAGCAUGGGACGGGCCUACUGCAACCUGGGCCUGGCGCAUGUGGCGCUCGGAAACUUCGAGAAAGCGCUCGAGUGCCAGAAGUUCUUCCACGCCAUCGCGCACAUGCUGAAGCACACCCAGGGCACGUUCCGCGCGCUGGGCAACAUGGGCGACGCGCUGAUGAAGAUGAAGCAGCACGACGAGGCGGUACCCUACUACCACAAGCAGCUGUCGGCGGCCAAGCAGAGUCGCGACCGGCCGCUCGAGGCGUGCGCAUACGGGGCGCUUGGCAUGGCGCACCGCGUGCUGCGCCAGUUCGACAAGGCGCUAGGCUUCCACACGCAGGAGCUGACCAUCCGGCAGGAGCUGGCUGACCUCCGCGGCGAGUGCAAGGCGCACGGCCACCUGGGUGCCGUCCACAUGUCGCUCGCCAACUACACCAACGCCAUCAAGUGUUACGAGGAGCAGCUGGACAGGGCAAAAGACCUUCGAGAUGCUAUUAUGGAGGCCCAAGCCUUCGGAAACCUCGGCAUCGCGCGCCUGAACAUGUCGCACUUUGAGGAUGCCAUCGGCUAUUUCGAGCAGCAGCUGGCGACGCUGGAGCAGAUCCCCACCGGCACGGCCAUGAUGGACAAGGCCAGGUCCUUCGGCAACCUCGGCGACUGUUACGACGCCAUCGGCGACUACGAGGAGGCCAUCAAAUGUCACGAGCAGUUCCUGAGCAUCUCGCUGAAGCUGAAGUCGACCAAGGACCAGGAGCGGGCGUACCGUGGCUUGGGCGGCAGCCACAAGAGCCUGGGUCACCUGCAGCAGGCGCUGGUCUGCUACGAGAAGCGGCUCGUGGUCUCGCACGAGGUGCACAGCCCGCAGGCCAAGGCGUCCGCCUACGGGGAGCUGGGUGAUAUUCACGGCAAGCUGGGCAACUUUGAGCAGGCCAUCUCGUGUUUGGACCAUCAGCUCAAUAUCGCCAGGGAGCUGCGCCACUCCCUGGUGGAGGCUGAGGCAGCCAGCGGACUCGGCUGCGUGCACCAGCAGAUGGGCGACUUCCAGGCGGCGCUCGAGUUCCACCAGCUGGACGCGGCCAUCUCGGCGCGCUCCGGCCUGGCCGCCGGCCAGGCGCGCGCGCACGGCCACCUGGGCGCCACGCAUGAGUCGCUCGGCAACUUCGAGCUGGCCGUCACCCACCUGGAGCAGCAGCUGAGUGUGGCCGCGCAGAUCAACGACAAGACGGCCAAGACGGCCGCCUACGCCAGCCUGGGCCGCAUCCACCUGGCGCUGGGCAACACGCCGCAGGCGAUCGCCUACCUGCGCCAGGGCCUGCAGAUCGCCGAGCAGCUGAGCCGGCGCGAGGAGGAGGCGCGCCUGCGCCACCGGCUCGGCCUGGCGCUCUGGGGGCACGGCGACCUGGCCGGCGCGCAGACCCAGCUGGAGCGGGCCGCCUUCCUGCUGGAGGGCGUGAGACGCGAGGCACGCGGCACCAGCCAGCACCGGCUCGGUCUCUACGACCUCCAGACGGCCGCCUUCCAGGCGCUCCAGCGCGUGCUGGUGUCGCUGGGCUGCGAGGACGAGGCGCUGGUGGUGGCCGAGCGCAGCCGGACGCGCGCCUUCGCCGACCUCCUGCUGGAGCGCUCCAACAGUGGCUUCAGCAGCAGCCGCUUCACGCGCGUCGACGACAACACGCCUACCUCGGUGGAGCAGAUCGUGGAGGCGGUGGCCAAGCAGAAGGCCACGGUGCUCUACUACAGUCUGGCAGCUGGUUUUCUCUACAGCUGGCUUAUCGUGCCCGGCCGCGGCAUCGUCAAGUUCCACCAGAUCAACGUCAGCGAGACGGAGGCGCGGCGCGAGGACGCGCCGGACGACGGCAGCAGCACGUCGGGCUCGCUGCUCGAGUCGUACAUCCAGUCGGUGCGCGACGCGCUGGGCGUCGAGCUGCAGACGGCCGGCAUGGCGCGGCGCGACGACGCCGACGCCGGCGACAUGUGGCAGCAGCACCUAGAGCAGCUCGGCGACCGGCUCAACCAGGAGAACGACAAGACCGGCUUCCUGCGCAUGGUCAACCGCAACCACGUGUGCAACUCGUCCAACUACAGCCUGUCCAGCAUGUUCAGCGCCUUCUCCUGCAGCCUGGGCAGCGUGACCGGUUCUCUGGCCAGCGGCUCGCAGAGUCGAGCCGGCUCGGUGCGCUCGCGGCGCGCGGCCUGGCAGGGGCCACAGUGCCUGCGCUCGCUGUACGAGCUGCUGAUCGCGCCCAUGGAGGAGCACCUACCCUGUAACGCCUACCCGCGCGACCUGAUGCUCGUGCUUGAGGGCGACCUCUACCUGGUGCCGUUCCCUGUGCUGAAGGGCCCCGACAGCAGCGAAUUCCUCUGCGAGCGUUACAACCUGAUCCUGACGCCGUCCAUCAGCACGCUGCGCUCCGGCGCGCGGCCGCGCGGUGCUCGGGCCGGCGGCGAGCAGACGUCGGCGCUGGUGGUGGGCAACCCCAAGCUGCCAAGCGCGCUCAGCGAGCAGUGGGGCUGGACGGACAUUCCGUACGCCGAACAGGAGGCCAACAUCGUGGCCGAGAUGCUGCAGACGGAGCCGCUGACGGGCGCGGCCGCCGCCAAGGAGGUGCUGCUGCAGCAGCUGGCGCAGGCCGAGUGCGUCCACUUCGCGACGCACGUCUCCUGGAAGCUGUCGGCCGUGGUGCUGUCGCCGGGCGAGUUCGUCGACUCGCGCCCGUCGAAGCGCGCCUCGUCGCACGGCUCGCAGUGCGAGUCGCAGCACGAGGACGACCGGUCAGAAGCGGCCUCAACCAGCGACUUGCCGCCGCUCUCCGAGUUCCUGCUGACGGCCGCCGACAUCCUCGGCCUCAAGCUGACCGCCAAGCUGGUGGUGGUGAGCUCGUGCCACACGCGCGACCACCACGGCCGCGCCAGCUCGGACGGCGUGGUCGGGCUGACGCGCGCGCUGCUGGCCGCCGGCGCCCAGUGCGUGCUCGUCUCGCUGUGGCCCGUCACCGACACGGCCGUCAAGAUCCUGUACCGCACCUUCUACUCGUCGCUGCUGCAGGGCGCCCGCGUCAGCCGCGCGCUCAACGACGCCAUGCAGACGGUGCAGAACACCAAGCACUUCGCGCACCCGGCCAACUGGGCAGGCUACCUGCUGGUCGGCACCGACGUCAAGCUGACCAACAAGGUGGCGCUGAUGGGCCAGGCGCUGUGCGAGCUGCUGCAGCAGCCGGACCGCUGCCGGGACGCGCUGCGCGUCACCCUGCACCUGAUGGAGAAGUCGCUGCAGCGCAUCCAGCGCGGCCACAAGAACGCCAUGUACACCACGCAGCAGUCUAUUGAAAGCAAAGUGAACGGGCUCAGCGGCUGGAAGGAGCUGCUCAUCUCGGUCGGCUUCCGCUUCGAGCCGGCCGCCAACGGCAUCCCGAGCUCGGUGUUCUUCCCGCAGUCGGACCCGGGCCAGCGGCUGACGCAGUGCUCGGCCAGCCUGCAGGCGCUGCUCGGCCUGGCGCCGGCCUCGCUCGCCGCGCUCUGCAAGCUGCUGGCGCACCGCGACCAGGCCGAGGACGUGAUCGGCGUCAUUCGCGGUGUGCUGGCGCAGCCGGCCGCCGCCGACCUCGACACGGAGAGCAUCGAGACAUCGGUCGGCGUGCGUCUGUGGCGAGUCAGCGGAUGUCACGAGCUGCUCGCCUCGCUAGGCUUCGAUCUGAUGGAGGUCGGCAGGGAUGAGGUACACCUGAAAACAGGGAAGAACGCCAACCGACGACACAUCCAGUUCGCGCUGCAGGCCCUGCUAGCUUUAUUUGACACGCAAGAGGCGCCCAAAAGUCUGGAGAUCGAGUUCUCCUCCUCGGCGGACACCAGCGACGAGAGCGGCGGCGAGGAGGGGCCGGCGCCGACCGCCGAGCCGGCCGUGUUCGGCGCCGCACCGUCGCGCGCGCCGCUGCUGCUCGGCUCUGGCGCCUUCAGCAGCUACGUGCGCGGCCGGGGCGAGCCGGACGGCGCGCGCAGCAGCACGCUCGACCCGCCAUCUCGCGCUAAGGGCCGCGAGAGUGACGCCGCCUUCACACCCAGCCCGGUGGACGUGGUGCAGAAGGGGCUGCGCGGAGUGCGCGGCCAGCACCCGAGCCCGGCCGAGACUGGCUCGCCGCAGCCGAGCCCACGGCUCAGCCUCACGCUCAGUCACCAGAGCAAGAUCCGGUCGCUGUACAGCGGCGACAAGCGGCCCGACAGCUCGAGCAGCGCCAGCAGCCUGGCCGACUGGGAGAACGGCCAGGCGACCGUGCGCCGGCAGGCGGCCGCGCCUGCGCUGCCUCCUCCUCCUCCGCCGCCGCCGCCACCCCAGGAGCAGCAGCAGCAACAGGAACAGCAACAACAACAGCAGCAGCAGCAGCAGCAGGGCCAACAGCAGCAGCAGCAGCAGCAGGAGCAGCAGAAUCAGCAGCAACAGCAGCAGCAGCCUCCGAUGCUAAAUCGUGUGGUGGCGGACGUGAGCGCCGGCCUAAACCGCAGCGCGCGCCUCCUGCAGAAGGCCAGCUCGCACGCCAGCUCGGGCUUCGAGUCGCAAAGUUCCGACUCGGAUCUCGGGCCGCGGCGCCUGCCCGGCGCUGUGCGCCCGGUGCGCAGCGUCUACAAAACGGCCGGGGCUUCGACCACGCUCAAGCUGAGCCACGCUACCGUCGGCGGCCAGCUGGACAAACUGAGUGUGCGCACGGAGCUGCGCCGGCCUACCGACGCCGCCGCCGCCGCCCAGCGCGCGCGCCGCGACCGCUCGAACGAGCGUCAGCUGGCGGCGGGCGCCGGCGGUCGGCCGCGUCCCGCCGCCGCGCCCGGCGACGAGCUGAUGCGCGGCACCGACGAGCUCGGCGCCAAGAGUCUCGGCCACAAGAGCAUUCAGGACCACAUCAUCGCCACGCAGAUGAGCCGGCUGCGCGAGCUGCCCAUCACGGACGUGUACCACGAGCGCAGCAUCGGGCUCGGCCUGGCGCCGCCGCUCGCCAAGCUGCUGAUGUCGGCCACGAGCGCGGCGUCGACGUGGACUGCCACCGCCGUCGCCGAGCAGCUCGGCAACUUCGACAAGCUGUCCGUAUCGGGCGACAGCAUGGUGGCCAUGCCGACCAAGCCCGACUUCAAGCCGAAGGCGCCGCCGGUGCCGCCCAAGCGCGUCGGCCCGAAGCCGUGGUCGGGACCGCACCCGCACCAGCCGACGCUGCUCGAGCAGCUGGCUGGCGGCAGCUGCAAGUCGUCCCCGUCGGGCAGCAGCGAGCUCUCGCGCCGCGACGACGGUGACGGUCGCUCCAUGACCGACUCCAACUACUCGAGCUACUCGCCGUCGCAGCCGCGCGGCGGUGGCGAGCUCUCCUUCUACGCGGCGGCCGAGGUGCACAAGGACGCGGCCGCGCUCAGUCGGGUCGCCAGCAAGGAGCACCUGCUGGCCGCCGCCACCGACGACGCGUUCGGCGUGUUCAACCCGUGCUUUGAGCCGGAGCCGCAGGCGAUCUCUGUGAGCACGCGCCAGCAGACGGACCAGAUCGCCGCGUAUAUGGACCAGGUGCUGGGCGGCAAGGACGAGCCGGAGCGGACGCGCUCGCUACGCCGGUCGGCCAAGCUCGCCUGGGGCAAGCAGAAGCCGGCCGCCCAGAAGGGCCUCAGCCAGGCAGUCCAUCCACCCGCAGAGUGCUAGGCUCGCGCCGGCCGCCAUCUUUGUGUGUAUGUGUUAUUCAUGUGAGCUCAAGUGGCUUAGCGGCGUCGGUUGUUGCUUGUGCGAUAUUUUAUUUUGUUGCGUUCCAUGAAAGAAGCCAAGUUGCCAAUGAGUGGUAUUGCCCCCAUACUCAUUUCAUACCAGCCAUCCGUGUGUGAUUGGUGUUCAUGGAAAGCAAACGACGAGCUAUAUUGUAAGCUAUUUGUAAGUUGUUGUAUGAUAUCGUACAAAUUGAUUGCUGCACAAUAAACCGUUACGAGAUUAA